UGACACAGACGGAGGUAAAGAGAAACUACAGAGACAGACAGACGGAGGUUUCGGUCGGAGGACGUCUGCUCAGGUGUUCGAUGUUUUCAGAUGUUUGUUGGAUGUUAUUUGAUGUGACAUGGAGCUGCUGACCUCCCUGAUGUCCACUCUGAGGACUGUGGAUCCCGGGACACUGGAUCAGGAGUACAAUGUGGUGCGUUCACAGACCUUGCUAUUAAAGAGAGAUCCCAGCUUCACCACAGAAAACGGAGCUCUGAAGGAAAACAUAAAGAAGAACCGAUACAAAGACAUCCUGCCAUAUGAUCAGUCUCGGGUGGUGUUGUCUCUGCUGACCUCAGACUUGGACUCUGAUUACAUCAACGCCAGCUUCAUCAAGGGGGUGGCAUCGGACAGCAAGUACAUCGCCUGUCAGGCUCCUCUCAGCUCCUCCGUCACAGACUUCUGGAGGAUGAUCUGGCAGCACGACAUCAAGGUGAUAGUCAUGGCCUGCAGAGAAAUAGAGAUGGGAAAGAAGAAGUGUGAGUGUUACUGGUCUCAUGUUCAUCAGUCGGCUGCCUUCGGACCGUUUACUGUCUGCAACCAGGGGGAGACGCGUCCUAAUGAAGACAUGGUGGUGAGAGAUCUGACAGUUACGUACCAGAAGGAGAGUCGUGCAGUGACUCAGUAUCAGUUCUUGUCGUGGCCGGAUCACGACGUUCCCUACGAGGCUGCAGGAGUCCUGGACCUGCUAGAGAAAGCCAGAGACAGCCAGGGAACACACACCUCGCCUCUGCUGAUACAUUGCAGUGCGGGCUGUGGGAGGACAGGAGUCAUCUGUGCUCUCGACUACAUCUAUGACCUACUGAUUACCAAGCAGAUCCUCACAACAGACUUCAGUAUCAUGAAGAUCGUCCUGGAGCUCAGGAAACAGAGACCCUCUUCAGUCCAGACUAAAGAACAGUAUCAGUUCAUCUUCUCGGCGGCCGCCUGUAUGUUUGAACGAGUCCUGCAGUCGCCCAGUGGGCGGCAGCUGCUCUGCAACCUGUCGCAGGUAAAACACACAAAGAGAGUUUGUGUAGACGUUUGUAUGCAGAUGAAAGGUUGUUGACAGUGAGAGGAAGUUAGAGCUGCUGCAGAAAGAGGAAGCGAUCUGUAGAUCAGACUUCCUGCAUGUAAAAGCAGCAGGCAGAUUGUUCAGAGACACACAAAGAGGAGCUAAUGGACGACACACGCU